GUUUUUCCCGACAGCCGCCACCGAUUUUGCAGAGAGCGGACGACUGCACAUACCAACCAUGGGCCUCGUCGACAACGACGCUGCGAUCGCAUGGCUCGACGCGAGCAUGCAUGCCGACGACGACGAGUGUGCUACGGACGACGACUGCAGCGCCAUGUGCAAGCUGCGGCGGCUCGAAGCCGAGCGCCUCGCCAUCGAGCAAGACAACCUGCAGCUCCUUGCGACGCUCGAGAAGUUUGCCGACCCCAAGGCGACGACGCGCAUCGCGCACGAGAACAACGCGAUGAAGCGCGACCUCGCCAAGCUCGCGACCACGUUCACGUCCAUCUCGGCGAUCGAGACGCGGCAGCGGCCGGCCAAGGGCGGGUGGGUCGAGGCGUUCAACAUUGGCAUCGAGACGCUCGACGGCCGGCUCUUGACGCAAUGGUACGACUACGGCGUCAUCAUCAAGCUCGCUGUGGGGCUGCGCGGCCUUCACCCGACGGACGCGCACCGCAUUCCGCCGCUUCCGACGCCGUGCAACACGCAGAUUCUGGACGCCCGCGUCCGGCGCAGCCGCCUCCAGCUCGUCCAUCACUUCUUCAGCGCGGUCUCGACCAUGCCAGGCCUGAAAUGGAAAAUCCGAGCGCCCGACAGCGGCACGUACAGCAGCGUGCCGUGCACGGCCGCUUGCUUGGAGACCAACUGCUUGCGCUGGUCGACGUCGUCCGCGUCCAUGUUUGGUGGCACUGACGCGGACGUGUCGCCCGUUGCGCCGCGAAAGAAGCACAACCGGUACAAAUGGUGGCGGCGCACCACGUCGUGAGCAAGUAUCCAACGCGACGCUAUCCUAUCCUACUCUAAUAUUAUCUCGAACGUAUCCUCCUGUCCUUCAAGUGACAGUGAAUCGACGCCUGGAACAUUUGCGCGG